AGUUGUUGGUAUAAAUAAUUCAGUUGGUCCAGGGUCACGUGUGCGUCACGUGUCCCAGCUGUCGGGGCCCUGCCAGCGUACAGUAGCUCAGGCUGCAGGCGGAGGAAGCGGCAGCGGCAGCAGCAGCAGCAGCAGCAGCGAGCCAAGAAUCCCAGAGGCAGCUUGAAGGAGCCGACAGGCGGACGCGAUGAGGUUCCCCGGAGGAGCGGCGGCUCCCCCGCGGGCCGACAGCUGAUAGAGAGGAGCCCCUUCUCCUCCUCCUCUCUCACACAACAAACGGGAACAAACUGAGGAGGACCAUGAGCGCCGAGAACGGACCGGCCUGAAGAGGAAUGACCCUCGGAGCGCCCGCAAGCGCUGCCUGGCUGGACGGGCGUGUUGCUGGCUUUUGGGCGUAGGAGACGCGCCCUGUGUGUUCGACGUCUCCAAUUUCGCUCCGCCGCCCCAUGACAUGUUGGAUGUCUAAGUUUUUUCCUUCUUCUUUCUCUUCACAUCACUGUCUUUUGUUGCCUUGUCCCCGAAAACUGCAUCAGCCAGACGGCCCACUGUUCAAAUACAUCACCAUGACUUGAGUGCCUUUUUGUUUUUGCAACCCAGUCGGCUAAGUGACACAGUUAACUCAGCAAUGCUAGUGUCCACGGUUGUGUGAUCCUAUAUAUAUAUAUGUAUUUUUUUUUUUUGCUUUAGGGGAAGUUUUGAUUGAGUUUUGAUUAAUCACGGUUGCAGAUAGCCAAAGGAAAGCAUAAGUACUAUGCACCCUUGCUGCUGCUGCCACAGAUCCUACACGAAACCAUUAACCUCACAGGAAGAGAGGCACUCGUAAGCGCACUCCAACCCAGACGGAGAUCCUCUUCUUUUUGUAUUCAGAGAGAGAGAGAGAGAGGGGGGGGAGGUUUAGCAAGCUGCAGGGAUGUUUGCUGCCGUGGAACAUGGCCCGGUGCUCUGCAGCGACUCCAACAUCCUGUGCCUGUCCUGGAAGGGCCGAGUGCCCAAGAGCGAGAAGGAGAAGCCGGUGUGCAGGAAGCGGCACUACGAGGAGGGCUGGCUCGCCACCGGCAACAGCCGCGGGGUCGUCGGGGUCACGUUCACGUCCAGCCACUGCAGACGGGACCGCGCCUCCCCGCAGAGGGUCAACUUCAACCUCAGGGGACACAACAGCGAGGUGGUUUUGGUGCGGUGGAACGAGCCGUUCCAGAAACUGGCCACGUGCGACACGGAUGGAGGAAUAUUCGUUUGGAUCCAGUACGAGGGCCGCUGGUCCGUGGAGCUCGUCAAUGACCGCGGGGCUCAGGUGAGUGACUUCACCUGGUCGCAUGAUGGAACGCAGGCGCUCAUCUCGUACCGUGACGGCUUCGUCCUGGUGGGCUCUGUCAGCGGACAGAGACACUGGUCCUCUGAGAUCAACCUGGAAAGCCAGAUCACCUGUGGGAUCUGGACACCUGACGACCAGCAGGUGUUGUUCGGCACAGCAGACGGACAGGUCAUAGUCAUGGACUGCCACGGGCGUAUGUUGGCCCACAUACUGCUGCACGAGUCGGACGGCAUUGUCAGCAUGUCGUGGAACUACCCCAGCUUCUUGGUGGAGGACAGCAGCGAGAGCGACACAGACUCCGACGAUUACACUCCACCCAAAGUGCACAGCCAGAAACCACUUCUGACGGUCAGCUUCACCUCCGGAGACAUCAGCCUGAUGAAUAGUUACGAUGACCUCUCGCCAACCCUGAUACGAACCGGCCUGAAAGACGUUGUGGUCCAGUGGUGCUCUCAGGGGGACCUUUUGGCGGUGGCAGGGAUGGAGAGGACAGUCCUGCUCUCCGCUGACACUCCCUGUUCUCCCCCCACCAAGAACGCCAUUGUCAAGUUCUACAACGUUCAAGGAGAUCACAUCUACACACUAGAGACACCAGCACAGCGCCCCAUCACUACGCUCUGCUGGGGUCACAGGGACUCUCGCCUGUUCUUGGCCUCGGGCCCGGCGCUCUACGUUGUACGAGUGGAUCACCGGGUGGCGGCGCUGCAGCUUCUCUGCCAGCAGGUCAUCGCCACAGCAGUAAAGGAGGAAAAAGACGUGGCCAAGCUCACCAUGCCUUCCCGGCUCUGUACUUACGUCACGACUGCUUUCGCUCCCACCAUCAAGCCGCCCAUCCCAGAUCCCAACAACAUGCGGGAUUUCGUGAGCUACCCGACAUCCGGGAACGAGCGACUGCACUGCACCAUGAAACGUACAGAGGAUAACCCGGAGGUGGGAGGGCCGUGCUACACGCUGUACCUGGAGUACUUGGGUGGUCUGGUCCCCAUCCUGAAGGGUCGACGGAUAAGUAAGCUGCGCCCUGAGUUUGUCAUUAUGGACCCCAAAACGGAUGGUAAAACAGAUGAGAUCUACAGCAACAGUCUGAUAUCAGCCAUGAUAGACAGCUGCAACUGCUCCGACUCCAGCGAUAUUGAGCUCAACGAUGACUGGGUCGGCAAGAAAUCUCCAAAGAUAUCCAGAGGAAGCAAAUCCCCUAAACUUCCCAGGAUAAAUAUUGACCCCAGAAAAUCCCCCAAACUGUCCCGAGCAACGCAAGAAAUCUCUAGGUCACCGCGUUUACCGAUAAGGAAACCCUCGAUUGGUUCACCGAGUCUGUCACGCAGGGAAUUUCCUUUGGACGACAUCAAUCAGCAGAAUUACCUCGCUCAGGUCACAUCCAAUAUAUGGGGAACAAAGUUUAAGAUAGUGGGACUGGCAGCUUUCUUGCCUACAAAUCUUGGUGCAGUAAUCUAUAAGACCAGCCUCCUCCAUCUGCAGCCCAGACAGAUGACCAUUUACCUGCCGGAGGUGCGCAAGAUCUCCAUGGACUACAUCAACCUUCCUGUCUUCAGCCCCAACGUUUUCAGCGAGGAUGAAGAUGACCUUCCCGUCACAGGCCCUGCUGGAGGCACCGACGACAACCCCCCAUGUACUGUAAACAUCCCCAUUGCCCCUAUCCAUAGCCCCGCCCAGGCCAUGUCCCCUGCCCAGAGCAUCGGUCUGGUCCAGUCUCUGUUGGCUAAUCAGAACGUCCAGCUGGACGUCCUUAGUAACCCAACGACAUCCCCCGCUGGAGCGUCUGCCAGCGCUUCAGACCAGAGCCAGGAUGCCAUCUUGACAGCUCAGUACACUGUCCCCACCAGGUAUUCCAGUCCGGGCCAGGUCAUUUUCGGGGGCCUGGAAGUGAGUCGGCUAAUGGUUGGACCUCCACCAUCUCAUCAUCCAUCUCAACAACAACAACAGCAACAACAGAGUCAGCAGCAGCAGCAGCAGCUUCUACAACAUCACCAACAAAUUCAGCAACACCAACAACAGCAGCAGAUUCUUCAGCAACAUCACCUCCAGCAGCAGCAACACAUUCAACAGCAGCUCCAGCAGCAGCUUCAGCAGCACAUACAGAUGCAGCAGCAGCAGCAACAAAUGCAGCUGCAGCAACAACAGCAGCAGAUGCAUCACCAUCUGCAGUCUCAACAGCAUCUCCAGCAGCAGCUUCAGAUUCAGAUCCCCGCCCCGUCCAUGUCAUCGGGCCAGCUUUCAGGAACUGGCCUGCACCAUCUGCAGCCAGGGACCCUGCAGAUACAAAUCCCCCACCAACCUCCUGAUUUAAUGGUGGACAGGGCGGUGGGCGGGGAGCACGAGCACCUGCUGAAAAUCAAGACCACUCGCUCCACUCCACAGCUGGCCGAUGGCGACACGGUUGUGUUCAGUGCUCCUUUGGAGCUCAGCAAAAUGAACCCGCCACCCCCUUACCCCGGGACCGUGGCCGCGGCGGUCGCUGCUGCGGCCGCCGCGGCCGCCGCUUCACCGUCGGCUGCCAACGCGGCUUCCGGCUGCUCGUCUGGAACAGAGGGGGUCGCCGCAGGUACUCCUCCCCCUGGGGAGCUCGGCGUGAAGAAGGGAGACUUCAAACUUUAUCCUCCAGGUCAGCAGCAAGCCCAGUACCCCACACCUCUGGGCUAUGAGAGAAUAACGACGUUUGACAGCAGCGGGAACGUGGAAGAGGUCUGUCGUCCUCGAACGCGCCUCGUCUGCAACCAGAAUGUCUACACGCUCCAGGGACCUGGCAGCUCCGCCACGCUCAGGGUCACCUCCUCUUCAUCCUCGUCUGCCGCUGAAAAGAAGAUCCAGCUGCCCUACGCCUCCGCUACGCUUAACAGACUCACCGCGCCUCGCUACUCCAUACCGAGCGGAGACCCGCCACCGUACCCCGACUCGGCCAACCAGAACGGUGCUGGCGGGAGGAACCCGAAUCAGAGGCUCGACAGCAGUCUGAUCCACGCCACCCUCAGGAGGAACAGCCGGGAGGCCGCGCUUAAAGUCUCCCAGAUGCUGGAACCGCCAAGACCGUUGCCUCCUAAGGCUAAAAAUAACGCACUAGCAGCCUCCUUCCAGCAGAGGGUGCCAACAGCCUUAUACACGUGCAGCCAGUGCAGCAGCGGAUCUAGCGUCGGCGGCACUGCGCCAGGGAGUGCUAAUGGGAUCGCAGGGGGAACAAUUAUCAGACAGGAUUUCCCCCCGGGGAACGGCGCGCCGCACAGCACGGUUAUCGUCCACUCCAACAGCGCGGCCGCUCUGGCCUCCCAGUCCUCAUAUAAUCUCAUGAGCUCGCUUGAGGGAUCUGGGAGUGCAGCCGGGGGAGGAGGUAGCAGAGACAGGGCUGAGUACGUUAACUCGGCGUUCACCGAGGACGAAACCCUCAGCCAGUCACUCAGACAUCUGGCAAUAGGAGGAAACGACGCGUCAGGGCUCGUUGUCAAACGUCCGCCUCCCUAUCAGUGGGAUCCAGCUGGCACAGAGGAGGUGUGGAUUCCUCAGGAGAGGACAGCAAACGCCCCGCCUGGGCCACACAAACCCCCUCCCCUCGUUCUUAGCCCGGCUCAGCACUUGGAUGUUACCAGACUGCCUUUUGUUCUUUCUCCAAAGUCUCCCACCAGCCCCAGCACCGCGUCUUUCCAGGCUGCGGCGGCGGCGGCGGCGGCGGCAGCAGCUACGGGCUACCAGAUCUCCCUCCAGUACCCCCCAGCAUCAGCUUACGCCGGAGCUCAGCUCCAGCCCAUCCCGGGGUCGCCACGCCCCUGCGCCUCUCCAAAGGAGGUGGUGGCGCCUGUGUCCCUCUCACAGCAGGAUGCAACCCUCGUCUUAUCGCCGGGCUACUCUCCAAACAUGGCUAACCUGGCCUGCUGUCCCCUUCCCCCCAUGUAUCCUGGAGGAAGCUCCUGUGCUGGAAUCCCCAUCCCCCCCAUUGCCCUCCACACCCCGUGGGGCACCUAUAACUCUUGUCCGCCUAUGCCCAGUCCUGCAGUGCCACUACCACCUAAAGCCUCCCACAUAUCAGCGGACAAAAACGUCCUCUCGCCUCCUCCGCCUCCUCCACCUCCGCCUCCCCCUCCGCCACCGCCGGCGGACCUGCAGGAGGCAGAGGCAGGGGAGGGUUAUCAGGAGGUGCUCUCUCUGACCGAGAGCCCCGUGCCCCAGCGGUCGGAGAAGUUCAGCAAGAAGAACCGCAAGCGGAUGGAUGGCCGGGCCGACGAGGCUAAUGUGUCUCAGUUAGCGGAGGGCAGCAAAUCGAAGAAGGAGGGCAGGGCCCUGGGGGACUUUAACUCCCUCAUCUCCAGCCCGCGGCUGGGAGGACGAGACAAAAAGAAACCGAAGGGACAGAAGGAGCAGCAGGUGAAGGCCAAGAAGCUGAGCAAGGCCACGGCCAACAGCGAGUUCCAGGACAGCUCAGAGAGCGAGCCGGAGCUCUUCAUCAGCGGCGAUGAGCUCCUCAACCAGUGCCAGAGCGGCAAGAAGGGCUGGAAGAGCAAAAGGAACAUGAGGGCCGCCAGCGAGCUGGACGAGAUCAAGUGUCGGAAAGCCAACGAGAAGGAGGACCGAGGACUGGGCAGCCAGGGGUUCGUGUACGUGAUGGCCAACAAGCAGCCUCUGUGGAACGAAGCCACGCAGGUCUACCAGCUGGACUUUGGAGGCCGCGUCACGCAGGAGUCGGCCAAGAAUUUUCAAAUCGAACUGGAGGGCCGGCAGGUGAUGCAGUUCGGCAGGAUUGACGGUAACGCCUACAUCCUGGACUUCCAGUACCCCUUCUCUGCUGUUCAGGCAUUCGCCGUGGCUUUGGCCAACGUCACUCAGCGCCUCAAAUGAGACGUCCCCUCUCAACUCGCCCCGAUUCAUACCUUAAUUUCUCAAAUGCAACCUGCUGAAGGAGCACAGUUGUUCGGUUUGGAGAUCGAAAUGAACUCUUUCCGCGUCUUUUCGGAGAAACAGACUGAAAAUCAGCCGUGGCCACCAGAUGGAAAUGCAAUCACACUGCACUACACAAUGCUGCCACUAGACAUGGUGCAAUAAGCACUGACUGCGUUUGUUUUUUGAGCGCCAUUAGAUCUGCUCCGCUCUGCGUUCGGUGGGCACCCUCCAAGCACGUAGGGGCCAACGAGCUAAGCUUGGGUUAUCAUCAUGCAAAUAAAUGCUGCUUUGGGUAGAAGAAGUUUUUUUUUUUUUUUUUUCUUGGAGAGAAAGACAAGACUUUCAAGGUGCAGUUAAAAACGCAGCAGUAAUACUUGAAAACCACACUCUGGAGGUUAAAUUACUUGUUCCAGAGCGCACAGGUACUACUGGGCACUGAAAUCCAUUGCUGUACAAAACUUUAGUGAAACAGUUACUACUUUAUUAAACUGCUUUUGCUUAUAGUUUAUUAAAUGAGGUUACAUAGUGGAGGUUUUUGUUCUAUACCAUUCCUGUUGUUUCUUAUCUCAGCCUGUUUUGGCUGGAUUUUAGGCUGAUAUAUGCAUCAUUUAGGAGCACUACUAAGGUCAUGACUUUUCACUGUUUCUGGAAAGAACAUACACAUUGGUCUUUAUCAAAUCUGCAUUUGAAGGAUUUAAGGAGAAAAAAAAAAGUCACCCUGCUACACUUAAUAAUUUAUAUGUACAUGUUGUUUAUCUUUCCAGAUACAGAUUUUUUAAAGAAAAUAUUGUUAUUGUUGAAGAUAUACAACCCUCAUCCUUUUUCAUCCCAGUUUUUCUUACCGGCUUUAUUUGGGGAGGCUGAAUUUAAAUAUUGCUGUACACUCGGGAGUAUUCAGGUGGGUGCGGUUUACAGAAUAGCUUUGGCUGACAUAUCCUAUAUUCGAUAUCUGCAUACGGUGACACUGGCGCCCAAAGAUGUCGCCAAGGCCUCGACUGAACAACUUAACCUCUGGCAUGAAGUGAUGAUGUCACCUGCUGUCACUUCUGUGAAGUGAGUACGUAUUUGGGGGGGGCAGUCCUUGCUCUUUAGGACCACACUAAAACAUCUAAGCAUGGUACAGGAAAAUAUUUUUGUAUAUUUCACCUAUGCCAUUUCAUACUCUUCUCAGAAGGCAUGUAAAUAAAUCGGAGGCGUAAAUGUUGUAAAGAGACUUGGACGGCUCUGACAAGUUUACGCCUCGGCUCCACUGUGUUUAAUUUCAGGUGUGGAGGGAAGCUGUAACACCGUAAAAUAACUGUUAAGCUAAAUCGCCAUCGUCACUCGGUCUAAAAAGACGACAUUGAAGAAUGAAGCUUAGGAACUCUAUAUGCUUCGUAAGCUGACUGUGCAAACUGAGAGACGGGUAAAACUGUUUAAACGUUAGCGAGGAUCGUGGUUGGAGGUAAAGUGCAAAGGACAUUUAUGCAUUAAUUUUUCUGUUUUAAGUGCAACAUCAGCUAAAAUCACCACAAAAGUUUUGGCCUAAUAAAACGGGGGAAGGUGCUGUAGGGCUAAACUCCAAUUUGUGCCAAAAUAUCUACUCACAAUUUUACGAUAAAUGCAGUCCAAAGGGGAAGAGCCAAUUCUAUUUUAAUCCUUGAAUUUGUGAUAUUACAUUUAUUAGUGUGAUCUUUCCUGAUCUCGAAAAGAUGCAUGUUGGUCGUUGGUUGUAGGAAUGGGGACUGAACAAAGAUAUUUUAACCCCUACAAAAAGAAUGAAAAAACUCAAGCAUGUCAUGACAAAACUCUUUUUGUGUUAGCUGUGCAAUAUUUUGUAGGAGAAAAUGAUGUUUUUGUUGCUUUCAACCACAUUUUGAUACUGUUCUUUUAGUCCAGUAUCUGAGAUUGCUGGUGUGUGCUUUUUAUUUAUGAGAUUAUUUUCUGAAAGGUGGAAAAAUAUCUAUACAUACUGUAAAUUGUGGAGUUUUCCAAACAUUUUUUUUGUGUGUGUUGGUAAGCUUGUAAUGAUUGUGUCCCAAGUUGUGGGGUUGGAGAAGAGAACCGGCAUCUUAAAUUGAAGUUUGCUUUGGAUGGAAAAAAAUAAAAAAUAAAGAUGUGAAUGAGUAGGUGCCCAGUUUAACGUAGGUGGUAGAUUAGUGUAAGUGUCAAGUUGAGGUGUGUUUGUGUUCAGCUGUGCAGUCUACCGAUCCCAUCAGUGUUAAAUCUAUUAUACUUAAAUGUGUCAUGGCUUCUACACAUUCAAACACACAUUCUUCACUGAGUUGAUGUCCAGCGUUACUUAUGGACUUGGUUAUGGAUUCAUGUUAAACUGAUGAUGAACUGUUGUAGAUAUUGUAGGAUUUGGGCUUUUCUUUAGAAAAGAUCUGUGCUUUUAUUUGCAGGUGUAGACUUAACUGACAGAAAAAAAAAAACACUUGAAAGAGUCUGAUGACUAUGGUGACUGAACGUUUAUAGUGGAUGGAUAGUAAGGCAUGCCAUGUAAAUUAUUUUAUAACUGUAUAAGUCACUCAUCUUUUUAAUAAAAAAUGUCAUUGAGGAAAACA